AUGACCAAAGAGUCCCAAAGAAUCCAUAAGCUGCUCUCUAUACAGUCACAUGUUGUCCAUGGUUACGUUGGAAAUAGUGCAGCCACAUUUCCACUACAAUAUAGAGGUUGGGACGUUGAUGCUUUGAACACUGUGCAAUUCUCUAACCAUCCAGCGUAUGGAAGCUUCAAAGGAACAAGAUCUACUGCUGAAGAAUUGAAAGAAAUAUAUCAAGGUUUGAAUGAAAUAGGGACUGAUUACGAUGCCAUUCUAACUGGUUACAUACCGGAUGAUGAAGGGUUAAAAGCCAUUGGAGAGAUAUGUAUUGAUAUUUGCAGAAAGAAUCAUAUAAAAUGGAUAUUAGAUCCCGUUCUUGGUGAUAAUGGGAAGAUUUAUGUUAGUGAAGGAAAUAUUGAGAUUUAUAAAGAAUUGUUAAAGUCUGGUUAUGUUAACCUAGUUACACCAAAUCAGUUAGAAGUUGAAGUGUUAACAGGGGUGAAAGUAAAUGAUUUGACCUCACUAAAAAAGUCAAUCAGUGAGUUCUAUAAUCAAUAUCCAGGGAUAGAGAAUAUUGUUGUUACUUCUGUACAAUUUGAUGACGAUGAUGACCAUUUAUACAGUGCUGGUUCCACAAAGAUCAAUAGUUCAACCAAAAAAGGUUUCUAUUUCAAAGUACCAUCCAUCAAAGCAUCAUUCUCAGGGAGUGGUGAUCUAUUUUCAGGUUUACUCACAAGUGCGUUUUUCAAAUAUUAUGAUAAAUUCGAAGGAGAAUUGAAUGAAUUGACACCAAUAGAGAGACUUCCGUUACUAAACGCAUUGAAUGAAGUAUUAUCAAUCGUGGAGAAAGUGUUGGUCUUAACUUAUGACGUUGUCUUGUCAAGAAUUUUGUCGUUCCUCCCGCAAUCAGAUGUUUGUUCAACUGCUCAAUGCUCAAAGAAACUCCAUCAUGUGUCCCUCGAAAGGCUAUACAAAAGAAUUUGCAUAAGAAAAGAUCCUGUCUAUCACUCAAAUAUUUGGUAUAUUGAUUGUUCUUGGACAACUGUAUCAGGUUACAGGUCUUUACACAAGAGAGAGGACCAAAAUGACUACAUUAUUCAUCUCAAAUUAGAUAGAUUAAUUCAAUCUUUACAAAACGUCAAAUAUUCAUCAUUAGUGAAAGAGGUCAUCAUACUCGACAAAGUAUUCAACUAUGAAGAUAGCAAUGAGCAGCUGUUAGACCUAAUUGAAACACUCGAAGAUAAGGCCAAAAAUAUCGAAGUUUUAGAUGUUCCAGAUUCAUUACUCAAAGCCGUCUCGAUAACUUCACCAAAAAAGAUCGUUACAGAUGAUAUUGAUCAAAUCAAAGAAACAAAAAAUUUGAAAUCCUUGACAAUUCAAUUGCAUAGUAAUACAGAAGAGAGAUUCCCAAGUGUUCUUCCAUCUUUGAACAACCUUGAAGAACUGAUCCUUAUUGACGAAGAGUCCGCUUCCUUGAGGAUACUAAAGACUUUAUCAGAAGUUGGAUUACAAAAGUUGAAAUUAAAAAGACUUGCUUUCAAUCAUGUCCAUGGUCUUCAUGAUUACAAUGCUGUUUUAAGAAACCUUACAAUCACAUUCGUAGAAGAAUGUGUUGACCUUGGAUCCCUUGAGGAAUUAGAAAUGGCAAUUGGGUGUGAAGUGAAAAACUGCGAUUGUUUGGAUAGUUUUCUUGAUGAUCUGGCACCAAAGUUGACAAUUUUGAAGAAAUUAUCCAUACAGGAAAAGACGUUUCAUAGAGAUCAUUACUUGUCAGAAAAAUGGGAUGUCAAUAUUAACAGAUUCUUACUUCAUUUACCACCAGGUUUAAAAUUCCUUUCAAUUCGUCAUAAUCCACCAAGAGAUGGGAAACUUGAGAACAAUGUUGAAGGUAAUUAUGUCAGAAGAAGAAAAUUGUAUGAAAAAGUGUUGCCAACUCUCAAAUCUUUAGAAGUGUUGGCUAGUCCAACGUUGUUGCAAACAUGUGCCUGUUAUGAGAUUUUGGUCUCAGAUUUAUUAUGGAAUGGGUGUGAAUGUGAAUACUGUUCUGAAGUCCUCAAUUUAUUUGACCAUUAUUUGAUGAAUCAUCAAUAUUAUGAUGAAGAAGAUGCUGAUUUUAGAGAUGUUAUUGCACCGAGAUUAUUUGGGAUUGGUGGUGUUGAACUCUUGAAAAGACUAAAGAAUCAGUCAGACCUUGAUGUAUUGAAGUUUGGCCCUGGUGAAACAACAUGGGAUUUCCAUGGUUAUGAAAGCAUCAACCAUUUCAAUGAUUAUGAUUGUAUGUUUGAUGAAAGUUUUUUCGAACCAUUAGCCGUUUGUGUGUCACAUUUUUACAAAGGUUAUCUCGAGUUCUUUGAGCAAAAUCUUCCAAAUCUGAAAACGGUUGUUCUCUCUGGUAUAUUCUUUACCAUAGGCCCUGACAGAACGAUCAAGUGCAUUUAUGAUAACCCAAAACCUUUAAUAUAG